ACGAUAUAAAUAAUAAAAACGAAGGAGGCCUCAACGUGCGGUGACUUAAACGUCAAAUCGUAAUCACACAUUGGUGUUAUAUCGUUUUUAAUUUUUUUACGCUCUUUUUCAAACAGUAGCGUUUUUAAACUUCAAAAAACACCGACAAAUUUCUUUUAUAUUUUGUAAAAAAAAACAUCGUCAGCCAACAUGAAUAUGUUAGGAGCUUUGGCUGUGAGGGUGCACGGUAUACAAGACGAAAGAUGGAUGACAAAGGAUAAAAUUACCCAGUAUAAGGGGAUGGUUACCCUAUUUAGACGUGACAGAAAAAUAUUGGAAGCUGAUAGUGCAGUAGCAAGAAAAAAACAGAAAAAGGAAUUAAAAAAUUUGCAAAAAGAAAUAGAAAGGCAACGUCACGAUUUGGAUAAUGCAAUUCGAGGUGAUAGGCAGAUGCUUCGAACAACUUUACAGGAAAAUAGGGCCAUGCAACUUGCUUAUCAAGAUAUGCACCCCCUGAAAGUGGUGGAGUGUCUCCACCAAGAAAAUUUUAAUAAAAGGAAACAGCUGGAUCGUCUUAAUUACCAUAUGAGUCAGAGAACUGAUCAGCUAAUUGCCCUCAAGCUUGAACAAGCUCAAUUAGAAGACAACAAAAAGUCAGACGAUUGCUUAGUACUUCCAGUAGAAAAAGUGAUUGAAAUAGUAACAGGACAAGUACAAGACGCUGUUUUAAAACGGGAGGCUGCAUUAUCAGUGCGUCACACUUAUAAGAAAAUCCUAAAUAUUUUGAAACAGGAUGCAUUAUAUUUUGAUGCAGUUUUAAAUGCAAUCAAAAUAGACGCGUGUAACCAAAGCAAAUGUAUGCUGGGGGCAACCCAGUUGGGUCAAUUAGCUACCGAAUACUUGGAUGAUAGAAUUGAAGAGUUUAACAAUUUGGAAAAAUUGGUAAAACGCGAUAUGAAAGAACGUGAAAAUAAUUUGCAAGAGUUGCGUAACAGGGUGCAUAGUGUUUCGGAAAAUAUGAGGUUCUUUUUAAGAAGAGAUAGUGAUAUAAACCUAGGAAGAGUGUUAUUGGAAAAAACUUAUAGUGAUAUAGCAUUAAAGGAUGAUAUAGAGUACCUGGAAGGUGUUUUAACAGUUUUGAAAAAUAGUUUUGCUGUACCUAAUUUCGAAGCAUUACUACCAUGUAUUUUAGAACAAGAUCGCCAGAAAAACAGGUUGCAAGAACUGUUAGCAACUAUGACCGAGUACAGAGAUACUUUAUUAAAGAAGAAAAACCACGCAGCUUUAAUGCAUAGCGUCAUGGUCAACUCAAUGGUCGAAACCACCCUUGAGUAUAAGGCCCAAAAGAAGGAACUUUUGACCAAAAUCGCAGAGCAAGAAACUAGAAAAAAAGAGGUAGAUGAAGUUUGCAUGCAUAGAUACAAACUUUUGGCGAUGGUCCGAACAGCUUUGCUUGCCAUUUGGGUGUUCACCUUGAUUAUAAAUUAUGACGAGCCCAAAGGCAAAGGCAAAGGGGUCGUAGUUCAAGACGAAAGAGCGUCAAAACCCCAACAAGCUGCUGAACAAGAUUAUACAAAUGCGCUCACCAUAAUUGAAGCAAUUGAAAAGCGAUUAACGAAAGUAAUCAAUUAUAUUGCUGGAUUCGAAUUAACACAAGAACAAAAGGAGCAAGCUUAUAAACUGUUUGAAGGAAUUAAUAGGUAUCCCAAAUCGCUCUUUAGCAGAGAAGAAGAUACUGAAGACUCAUUGCUUGGUGGCUUUGUUAUGGAAGAUCCCAAUGUUCUCUCGAGACUUGAAAUUAAGAAAAAGAGUAAACAGUUAUAUGAUUUGUGCUCAGUUGACCCUGAUUUAAUACCGGACGAUAAAAAGAAAUCAUCGAAAAAGAAAAAGAAGUAAAUUGAAACAAAACACAAAAGUAACAUAUUGGUCAUUUUUUAUAAAGUAACGCAUUUUAAUAUUUUUGUUCACAUUUUUGUAGCACGAGUAUAGACAAAAAUUGAGUAUUUAUACACCCCUUUGUGUUUAGUUAUUGUUAUGUUACAGUGUGAUUUUUUUAAUGUCAUCCCAUUCAAAAAGAAAUGAAAU